AAAAAGUAGAUCUCUUGAUAUAGUAUUUUACAAGAAUAAGGGAUUUUUCUUCUUAGGAUUUGUUCUUCAACUGACAGCAGAAAAUUGCAGUCAGUACUGAAUUAAAGUUUUUGAGUAGCUCAGCAGUAGUGUUCGGUGGACAUCUGGUUGAAGAGUUCUCUUUAUCAGUGGUAGAAACAAAUUAGAGUGAUUACUUGGCUCGUGGUGAUUAUAUCAGUAGGCAUGUCUGUGCUGGUCCCUUCUUUUGGUAAAUAGGCCUUCUGAAAAUGCAGAAAUUGCCAGUCGUAUUAACCUGUCUUUCUGCCCCACUUACAUUGGUUAAUUCAAGAGAUAAGCACACAACCUAAGUUAGGCCAGCCUGAAUCCAUUAUCAAGAUUUUAAAAUUAGAAUUUGAGAGACUACUUUUCCUUUCCUGGUACUUGACUACAAAGUUGGAAAUAAGAAGCCACAUAGGGAGUAGCUAAGGACAUUUUUGCAGUUAGAUCAUGGCAACCAUAGAAGAAAUUGCACAUCAAAUUAUUGAACAACAGAUGGGAGAGGUUGUUACAGAGCAGCAAACUGGCCAGAAAAUCCAGAUUGUGACAGCCCUUGAGCAUAACACACAAGGCAAGCAGUUCAUUCUGACAAAUCACGAUGGCUCUACUCCAAGCAAAGUCAUUCUGGCCAGGCAAGAUUCCACGCCAGGGAAAGUUUUUCUCACAACUCCAGAUGCAGCAGGUGUCAACCAGUUGUUUUUCACAACUCCUGAUCUGUCUGCACAACACCUCCAGCUCUUAACAGAUAAUUCUUCAGACCAAGGACCGAAUAAGAUUUUUGAUCUUUGCGUAGUAUGUGGAGACAAAGCAUCAGGGCGUCAUUAUGGAGCAGUAACUUGUGAAGGCUGCAAAGGAUUUUUUAAAAGAAGUAUCCGAAAAAAUUUAGUUUAUUCGUGUCGAGGAUCAAAGGACUGUAUUAUCAAUAAACACCAUCGAAACCGCUGUCAAUACUGCAGGUUACAGAGAUGUAUUGCGUUUGGAAUGAAACAAGACUCUGUUCAGUGUGAAAGAAAACCCAUUGAAGUAUCACGAGAAAAAUCUUCCAACUGUGCCGCUUCAACAGAAAAAAUCUACAUUCGAAAAGACCUUCGAAGCCCAUUAGCCGCAACUCCCACUUUUGUGACAGAGAAUGAAACUGCAAGGUCAACAGGACUGUUAGAUUCAGGAAUGUUUGUGAAUAUUCAUCAGUCUGGAGUAAAAACUGAGCCAACUGUGCUGAUGACACCAGAUAAGGCUGAAUCAUGUCAGGGAGAUUUAAGUACAUUGGCUAGUGUGGUUACAUCAUUAGCAAAUCUUGGAAAAACUAAAGGACAUUCUCAAAAUAGUAAUAAAAUGUCUAUGAUUGAAGGAUUAAGCAAUGGUGAUGCCUCUUUGUGUGAAUUUAAUCAAGAAAUGCAUACCAACGGUGAUGUUUCAAGGGCAUUUGACACUCUUGCAAAAGCAUUGAAUCCUGGAGAGAGCACAGCCUGUCAGAGCUCAGUAGAGGGCAUGGAAGGAAGCGUACACCUAAUUGCUGGAGACUCGAGCAUAAGUUACAUCGAAAAAGAGGGGCCACUUCUCAGCGAUUCACAUGUAGCUUUCAGGCUCACCAUGCCGUCUCCCAUGCCGGAGUACCUGAAUGUGCACUACAUCGGGGAGUCCGCCUCCAGACUGCUGUUCUUGUCCAUGCACUGGGCACUUUCCAUUCCUUCCUUCCAGGCUCUAGGGCAAGAAAACAGCAUAUCAUUGGUGAAAGCUUACUGGAAUGAACUUUUUACUCUUGGCCUUGCCCAGUGCUGGCAAGUAAUGAACGUGGCAGCUAUAUUAGCAACAUUUGUCAAUUGCCUUCACAGUAGCCUUCAACAAGACAAAAUGUCAACAGAAAGAAGAAAAUUAUUGAUGGAGCACAUCUUCAAACUCCAGGAGUUUUGUAACAGCAUGGUUAGACUCUGCAUUGAUGGGUAUGAAUACGCUUACCUGAAGGCAAUAGUACUCUUCAGUCCAGAUCAUCCAGGCCUGGAAAACAUGGGACAGAUUGAGAAAUUUCAGGAAAAGGCUUAUGUGGAAUUUCAGGAUUAUAUAACCAAAACAUAUCCAGAUGACACCUACAGGUUGUCCAGACUACUUCUCCGAUUGCCAGCUUUGAGACUGAUGAAUGCUACCAUCACCGAAGAAUUGUUUUUCAAAGGUCUCAUUGGCAAUGUACGAAUUGACAGUGUUAUCCCACAUAUUUUAAAAAUGGAACCUGCAGAUUAUAACUCACAAAUAAUUGGUCACAGCAUUUGAAAGCUAAGAGCUCAGUAUAAACUUGCUGUUCUCCCUCACACUGAACAUAAGAGGACACCAAAUUGAACUCAUUGUUUCCAGGGCAUCUGGAAAUUAUGACUUUAAAAAAUAACUGAAAACCAAAGUAUUUUAAUUUUGACUUUCUUAAGAAGAAUUUUCAAAGUGACUGGAAGGUAGCAGGAAUUACAAUUUCCCUACCUAUCUUAUUUAAAUGAGUAAGAAAUACUAUGGAUUUACUCUUGGUUAAGAUGACACCUAGAGCCGUCACCUUUUAACUGUCUAAACUAAGAUCUCUCAUUUUAUCUACUUGGUAAAGCAAAUAAAUCAGUCUUUUUUUUUUCCAGAAUUGUGUUCCAUUCAUGUUUAAUUUCAUUACAAACUAGUAGAAACACUUAAUUGUCAGAAAUAUUUGAGGAUGUCCUUUUAUUUUACUCUUCUCUAAUAUAAUCAGUUUUCAUUACUAUGUCAAAAGAUUAUUUUAUGUGCAGUGGUGUAAUGAUAACAUUAGAACCAGAGGAAAUAAUAAUUGAAUAUAUAUAUUUUUUGUCUUUUGUAAAUACUAUGGCACCCCUAGCAUAUACCAGUCUCAUUGCUGGCAAUGAGACAUAGGUCAUUCAUGAUCUUAAGUUUUUUAGUGAUGUAUAAUGAUUAGUUAUAAGCACUUUUAUUUACAUAUGUAGAAGGAAAUGGUUUUUGAGAAUAAGAUAGGGUUCACGUUUUAAUAUUUUUGGCUUACUGCUGUGUUUUGAAAGUAGUAGAGACUCAGCCCAAAUGUUUCAGCAUUGCAAACUAGAUAUUAAAGU